UUCUUCUUACAAAUUGUACUGACACCAUGUUUAGUUUGCCAGAUCCUUUUCCUCUCUAAGGUAAUCAAAAUCCAUUUGUGUGACAUUUUAAGAAGAUUUUAAUGUCAUCAUCCAGCAGCAGAGACAACAUGGAGAUAAAACUGUUUAAUCAGCUCCUGUUGGUGUUUUCAGAGAGUUGUUGCUGGAUUGCUAUGGGCGUCUAUGUAGACGUGAGGGAACUGGUGUCACACUGCAGUCCAACAGAGGGCAAAGUGCAAGCAAGGCUGUCACGGUAUACUUCAUCAAGCUCUUUUUCCCCUUUCUUCCUCCUCCCACUGACUGUCAAAUCUCCACCUCGUCUUUUUUGAAUACCAUUCGCUCAGACUUUCACUCAUCUUGCAGUGUCGUUCUGUGAAUAUAACACCUUGUUUGUUGCAGCCAAGUAGCCCAUGUAACGAAACUUGUCAUGGAAGAACUACGUCAAAUUGAUCUGACGUACAUCACAGAACGCAUCAUCAGCAUCAUCUGCUCUUCUGCGUGUCCAGAGGACCUCUACCUGCAGAAUCUGAAGAAGAUUAUUCCUAUGCUAGAGUCUAAGCAUGGACACAACUACAUGCUCAUUACCCUCUCCCAGAAGCAUGAUGUUCUCACAAAAAUGACCCACAAGGUUUUUAACACAGGUUGGCUGGAUCUCUUAGCUCCCAGUUUGGAUCAAAUCUUUAACGUGUGCACAGCAAUGGAGAACUGGCUGCAAGGGAAUCCAAAGCAUGUCCUGGUGUUACACUGCAGGGGGGAUAGGGGACGACUUGGAGUUCUCGUGGCAUCGUACAUCCACUUCACCAACAUGUCUGCCAGUGCAGACCUCUCUCUGGACCACUUUGCCAUGAGGAAGUUCUACAACGACAAGCUUUCUGCUCUUAUGAUCCCCUCACAGAAACGCUAUGUUUGGAUGGUGGGCAGCAUGUUAAAAGGAGAACUGAGGAUGAACCACUCUCAGUCUUUUCUGCUCUGUGUUGUUCUUUAUGGUCUCCCCAAAAUAAGACCAGAUGAGGGUUGCUGCCUGUUCCUUAAAGUCUACCAAAGUCUGCAAGCUGUUUGCACAUCACCAGUCUACCACGUUAAUGCUGCUCAAACCGAUCGGCUCUACAUUGUGCUUCAACCGGCUCAGCUCCUCAAAGGGGACAUCAUGGUGGUUUGUUAUGAUAAAAACAAGCAGUCUGCGAGUCGCCAAGUCGCUUUCCGCCUCCAGUUCCACACAGGCCUGGUGGUUGGACACUCCCUCUCUUUCUGCAAGGCGGACCUUGACUGUGCUGCUGAAGAUUCCUGUUUCCCAGAUGAUGGAAAAGUGGAGCUGCUGUUUUCAGAGAGCCCUGAAAGGAUUGCAGGUAGAGAACAGUGGUUAAAUGGGCAUUCUGUGACUGUGGACUAUGACACCUUGGACCCUUUGGUCAGGCGAGAUUCUUUUCAGGACUGGACUCAUCCUCAAACAGCUCCUCCUCAUGUGUCUGAAUCUGGUAAUGGAAGUUUGUACUCCAGAGUGAUGAAGAAGAGUACAGAGGAGGGAGCCUCAUACCCUCUGACCUGCAUCAGCCCGAGCUGCAGUGACAGAGCGCCAUCAGCCAGCAGUGACUCGGGCCUCUCUGUUGCCUCACAUGGGCAGACCGGAGCUGGGCCCAGACGAGGAGCCACUCAGGACAGCUGGAGCCAGGCUGAGAAGCUCAUCUUUGGGGCAGACUCAGAGCCAACCCAGGCUCUUCUGGAGGUCAUGACUGAACUGGGUUUUUCUUGUGCUGGAGAAGAAAAGGUGAAUGGAGAUGAGUCUGGACUGGGAACAAGCAUAAAUGGAGUGGUUUUGUCAAGCGAGAGGGAGACGGAUAUUCUGGAUGAUGAGGAUGAAGGUUCUACUGUAAAGGCUCCAAACCUGAGUAGUGCUUUCUCUUUACCAUCUAAAAAUCUGCCUGAAACUCGGAGACAAGCCCAAAUGGAGUACUCAACUCACUCCUGGGUUAGACAGCAGCAAAUGGUGGAUACCAUGCCUGAGCGCGGAACCAGCAGGCCAAAUAAAGAGAGACUAGCACAUCUGGAGGCUCCUGAAACUCCAACAAGGGGAUUAAGCAGCAGGGAAGCAGUGAAGAGAGGCCUCAUAGAAGAGGACAACAGAGAGCCUACCAAUAAUACUUCAUCCUGUCAGGAAGAAGAGCUGGCGUCCUUAGCUACAGACGUUGACGAGUCCAUUGAGCAGCUGAACCAGCUGAUUCUGGACUUAGACCCCACUUUUGUCCCAGUUCCCACUCAAUGUUCUCCUCUGUCCCGGUCAGCCUCUCUACACACCAAUGGGCUCAGCCAUAAAGGACAAACAAAUCAGUCAGGAUGGAAACAGCAGAAACAUGUCAGCAAUGCGACAGACGUUGACCCUAAGAGUCCAGAAUGGAGAAGAGAUGGACCUCAGUGUUUUACCCCAAUCAACAGCCCCUCCUUCGUCAACUCCCAGCAUGGUCAUCUCUACAAAACUACCAGCAUGGAUUACUGCAGACAAAUGGACAACUCUGACUUCAUCCCGACAACUCCAGCUUUCCCAGUGUCUUCUCCAACGCCCUAUGUGAAACAUUUUUCUGAGUUUUCCCAGCUCGGAGAUGGCAGACAGUGGGACCAACACAGCUGGACACAAGAAUCCAGAGGUUUCCUGGAUGGCAUGAACCACUCUGGUGGCUCCACAGAUGGAGAGCUUUUCCGACCUCAUGUGCCCGUCACUCCGGCUUCCUGUCAAAGGAUCUUUGGCUCCAUGAACUCGGUGUCAACUGGCAGCCCCCUCCAACACACAGACAGCUCCACUCCUCCUCUUGUGUGGCCCGACCGGACUCCAAACUCCUUGAACUCAUCGUAUCCUCCUCAACCUUCAUCCCCUCUACUGCUCAUCUCCCCGAAUGCCCACAGCUCUCCGCGGGGGGUUCAGAGGGGCCAGAGAGGGAGCUUAGGGGUCCGCAGUGAAACUGACAGCGCCGACUUGUCUUCGUUGUUGUUUUUGGGAAACGGCGGCCUGGAGCUCAGCCUGCUGGAAGCUGUGGAGGACCUCAGUAAUAUGAAUCUUGGGGGAGAUGCUGGGAUUGCUCCUCUAUUGCCAGAGAAGAGAAGAAAAGGUGAGGUGGGAGAGCUAGGCUCACGGUCCCCCUCUCUGAGCGGGUUUUCCAGCCCGCACAGCGGCAACAGCCUCAGUAUUCCUCUGUCAUCCUCCCUGACCUCAGAUCCGUUUAGAGGGCUCAGUGGGGCCUCGUCACCAGGAGCAGACUAUGGCAGUAAGCAGGACACUGUGAAGUUUGUUCAGGACACGUCUAAGUUCUGGUACAAGCCCGACAUUUCCAGAGACCAAGCCAUCGCGCUGCUGAAGGACAAAGAGCCCGGCUCGUUCAUCGUCAGAGACAGCCACUCGUUUCGUGGGGCGUACGGACUGGCCAUGAAGGUGGCCACGCCUCCUCCAUCAGUGGUACAUCACAGUAAAAAAGUGGGAGACCUGUCCAGCGAGCUGGUGAGGCACUUUCUGAUCGAGUGUACACCAAAAGGAGUUCGUCUUAAAGGCUGCCCCAAUGAGCCUUACUUUGGAAGCCUCACAGCUCUGGUGUGUCAGCACUCCAUCACCCCACUGGCUCUGCCGUGUAAACUCAUCCUGCCUGACAGAGAUUCAUUAGAGGAGCUGAAUGAUGCUUCAGCACAGACAGCAACAAACUCAGCAGCCGAACUUCUGAAACAGGGUGCAGCAUGUAAUGUGUGGUUCCUGGGUUCUGUGGAGCUAGAGUCUCUGACGGGUCAGCAGGCGGUCCAGAAGGCGACCACGCUGACGCUCUCCAUGGACCCUCCCCCUCCCUCCACUGUGGUCCACUUUAAAGUGUCAGCUCAGGGAAUCACGCUCACGGACAACCAGAGGAAGCUGUUCUUCAGGAGACACUAUGCUGUGAACACUGUUAUAUACUGUUCUCUGGAUCCACUGGGAAGGAAGUGGACAAGAGACAGCGUCUCCACAGCAAAGAUUUUUGGAUUUGUUGCCAAGAAAUCCCAGAGUGAAACUGAGAAUGUAUGCCAUCUGUUUGCUGAGCAUGACCCUGAGCAGCCAGCAAGUGCCAUUGUCAACUUUGUCUCAAAGGUCAUGAUCGGUUCUCACAAAAAGUGAUGGGAAGAGAAGAUGAGCUGCAGCAUAAAGAUAAUCUGGAUCAAGAAUCAGAUCCCUGCUGUGGAAUCAUUUCAUAAUUAUGAGUAAAAUAUGAACAAGAUAAAAAGCCAAAAAACUUUUAGCCCUCACACUCCUCGCUGGAUCCUGUUGGUUCUUCCUGAAAACUUAUUUGUGCCUGCACUGCAGGAUGCCUCCAGAGGAGGGAGCCAUAACUCUGAUAUCAUGGUUCCUACACUGUUGGAUGGACACUUUGCAAAGUAAGGUAUACCAGUGCCUUCCAGGUUUGAAUUAACACUGAAUAUGAAAGUGUAUGUAACAUUUCCCAGACUCUUUAACAAUUUUUUUAAAUUUAAAAGAUACAAAUUUUUCCUAACUAACAGUAAAAAAUAUUAGUUUUUAAAUUGAUGUCAUAAUAAAGGUGGACAUAGUCACCUAGUUGUCACUUUCUGUCUCAUCAUACUGAUCAGACCGUCAGUUUUACAUUUGAUCCCAUGGUAUAAUAUUUUUUAAAUACCGACUGACAAUACCACAAAAAUGCAUUCUCAUGCAUUAUCUUUUGUUUCCCAUAAAGAUAGCUACACAUAUUUUUAUUUAAUUUUUAUUAAGUUCAAAGCAAAUUUACAGAAGCAUAGACCUAUAUAGAGCUAUAUUGUUAUAAGGUAAAAACUUUAUUGUACUAACAAUAUACUUUUUAAAUUAAUUAAUCUGGGCUAAUUUUGGGUCAAUUCUGUCUUUCCUCAAUCCUGUAAGGGUCCAGAUAAUUCAGUAAUCAUCUCACACUACACUGUGUGACCACAUAACCCACCUGAUUGCAGACCAGAUGGUGUAAUUUGUAUCCAUGGAGCUUACCAUACCCCUGCUGAUCAAUCAAAAAAUGCUGCCACCUCAAUCAGAUCAGAAUAAUUCAUCCUCCUAUACACCCCAAUGUGUUUUAAGUUUCCUCCCUGCGUAUGCAUGAUUUUUAUAAUACUGUCCAAGUUGAUCAAUAACAGCAAAAUAUCUCUGUGGCUUAAUCCAAGUAUUAAAUACAAUCACUUCAUGUUGACUAGACAUUAUCUCAACCAGCUAUCUGCACCACAUCAGCUUCAUGUUUUAGGGUAAACAUAAUAUUUUCAAACAACAAAAGGUAUUAUGUUAUAAAAGAAAAACUUCAGUAUAUUGUUAAAACAUAAAAGAUAAAUUAUUAGAAAAAUAUCAGUAUCACAUUAUAAUAUGAUAUAGAUAUUAUUUUUCCUUUGCUUUCAGCUCUACGCUUCUGUACAAAAAAUAUUUCUACAAUAAAAUAUCUAAAUAUCUAAAAGGAAACAUUUGUUUAUUGAGCUUUUGUAAAAUUAAAAACGUUUUGCACAUGGUUUCUUUGCCAAAAAAUGUACUUUAACUCACUGACUUUAAUUUUAGAUAGUGGUAAAAAACGUCCAUUAAAACACACUAGUUUGUAUGUAAGUUUAGGGAGUUUUUGAAACAUAAAUGGAUCUAACUCUUUUGACAGUGCAGAUCUGUCUUUAGUUUUCAGGUGACCACAGGAUUAUUCAUUUUUAUCCAACCAAACAACAACUGACAUAAGAAAAGCAACAAUGCGGUUGCACUGUACUUAAGAUGUAUUGUGUAUUAUAAUAUUUAUCCCUAACUACAGAUGUUUAAAAAUCUUUUUGCAAAUAUAUUAUUUUGUGUAUUACCACAUAUUGUACAUUAAGGUUUCAUAUAACUGUCGCUUCUUUUUUGUUUUACUAACUCUGUUGUUUAUACUGUAUGUUCAUAUUCUUUAAAUACAGAUUUGUUUAUUGCC